AUGGCUGGCUUCGUUCAUCUUGCUCUUCUUGCCGUCUUGGCUGCGACUCUGUAUGGCCCUGUGUAUCGGCAGCUCACCAUCUUGGGGGUCUUCCGGCAUCCGGCGCCUCUGGUGAUUGUUGAAGGACAGGGUUACCACAAGAUUGCCGAUACGAUGCAAUGCGAAGAUCUGCAUUACUGGCAGCCUACGAAUAAAAUAUUUACAGCAUGUGAGGAUUCGGUCUUGCCACGCUUCAAGUGGUUCCCUCCGUUGGCCAACCUGGAGCAGCCCGCUGUCACAUCUACCGGCUCAAUUCAUGUCAUUGAUCCCAAGACAAUGAAGUCAACAAGGCUCGCAUUUGAGAACUUCUCAGGCCCGUUCGUGACGCACGGAAUCGACGUCAUCCAGGACCCGGAGAAUCCCAAUGCUGUCUAUAUCUUUGCUGUGAAUCAUCUGCCGAAUCCAGAGUUUAUACAGGACGGCAAAGAUGUUCCCCAGGCGCGAUCUCAAGUCGAGCUCUUCCACCAUGUUUUGGAAUCAAGCACCAUUGAGCAUGUUCGCUCCAUUCAUCACCCGCUGAUCGCUACACCCAACGACAUAUAUGCGGAGAGUCCGAAUUCUUUCUACGUGACCAAUGAUCAUUACUAUCGCGAGGGAUACAAACGCCUGAUUGAGGAUAUUAUCCCGGCAGCCAAGUGGUCGAGCAUCAUCCAGGUACAGAUCCAAGAUCUAAAGUCCAAGGACGCGGGCAAAGGUAUCGACGCCUCAGUGGCUUUGACCGGGUUACACAACAAUAAUGGACUUGGUCAUGGUGGAUCUAAGGACGAAAUGCUCAUCGUCAGUUGCUUGGGCGGGACUCUGUAUCGCGCUCGUCCGAACAGUGGCAACCGCACGAUAUCUAUCUUCGAUGAGAUUCGUGCGGGUGGCCAAAUUGACAAUCCCACUUACUACUCAGACCCGUAUCGUACUGCUGCAGACGAUGCCAGCGGUUACGUUCUGGCGGGAAUGGCACGGCCUAUUGAUCUGUCUAAACAUCACGCUGAUCCCAACGCUAAAGAUGGAGCCAUUGUAUGGUACGUGCGGCCCAAACCAGGCACGAGUGAGGAUGGAGAGAAAUCCACAGAAUGGGAGUCGCGUGUUGUUUUCGAGGAUGAUGGCACUCUCAUUCGGACUGCUAGCACCGCGCUCUUGGUUCCCAGCGAAACAAAACCUGGGGAGGGAAAGAAGGCAUGGUUGUUUGUGACCGGAUUCGUCUCAGAGAGCGUUAUUGCCGUUGAAAUUGACCUUUGA